GACCGAAGGCCUUGUUUGCUCUCCAGCCCUUCAUGUGGGACGAUUUCCUCCAGGCUGGCCUGCGACUUGCUCUCCCUUCAUAGGCUCCCGUGGCUGGUUGGGGAGGGCGGUGCGGAGUUACAUAAAUUCCAGCAUGUGUGCCUGGUCUUCAGCCGAAGAAGAGACUUUGGGGGGGGGAAACAUCCCAGCUUCGGCAGCCCUCGAGAUGUCCACUUACAAGCGGGCCACCCUGGACGAAGAGGAGCUGGUGGACGCCCUGGAGGGAGAGAUCUACCCCAAUGGGGUCCAGGUGAACUUCCGCGGGCCAGGAGCCAGGAAGGGCUGCUGGGUGCGGCGGACGCAGCCGGAGAAGUGCCUGCUGGUCCUGACGCUCCUCCUGCUCCUGGCUCUGUUGGCCUGCCUGCCUGUCCUGCUCUUCCAGUACCAGACGCAGGCCUGCCUGAGCCAAGCCUGCAUCUCGGUGACCAGCUCCAUCCUCAGCUCGCUGGACCAAGCGGUGGACCCCUGCGAGGACUUCUUCAGCUACGCUUGCGGUGGCUGGGUCAAGAGUAACCCCAUCCCGGAUGGCCACUCCCGCUGGGGGACCUUCAACAAGCUUUGGGAGCACAACCAGGCCGCCUUGAAGACCCUCCUGGAAAACACCACGGCCCCCUUGUCGCUGAGCGAGGCCGAACGCAAAGUGCAGCGUUACUACCAGUCCUGCAUGAACGAGAGCCGGAUAGAGGAGCUGCAGGCCAAACCGCUGGUGGAUCAGGUGCAGAAGCUUGGAGGCUGGAAUAUCAGCGCCCCCUCGGGAGAGUACGGUUUCAACCAGACGCUGCUGGCCCUGGUAGCCCACUACCACCUCACCCCUUUCUUCUCCAUCUCGGUCAGCGUCGACUCGAAGAAUUCCAGCAGCAACAUCAUCCAGAUCGACCAGUCAGGGCUGGGGCUGCCGUCCAGGAAUUACUACCUCAACAAAACCCAGAACGAGAAAGUGCUGGCGGCGUACCUCAAUUUCAUGGUCCAGCUUGGCGUGCUGGUCAGCGGGGAGGAGGAGGCCACUGUCCGACCGCAGAUGCAAGAAGUUCUGGACUUCGAGACCACCUUGGCCAACAUCACCACCCCGCAGGAGAAGCUUCGGGACGAGGAAGUGAUCUACCACAAAAUGCCCGCUGGGGAGCUAAAGGACUUGGCCCCGGCCAUCGACUGGAUGCCCUUGCUCAAGGAGGUCUUUAACCCGGUGGAGAUCAACGAAUCGGAGCCCGUGGUGGUCUACGCCAGGGAGUAUCUCCAACGCGUCUCCCUGCUCAUCCUGAACACGGACAAGAGGGUGUUGCGCAACUACAUGAUUUGGCACCUGGUGAGGAAAGGCGCGAGUUUCCUGGACCAGCGGUUCCAGGAAGCGGGGGAGAAGUUCUUGGAAGUCAUGUACGGAUCGAAGAAGACUUGCCUGCCCCGCUGGAAGUACUGCAUCAGCGACACCGAUAACAGCCUGGGUUUCGUCUUGGGUGCCAUGUUUGUGAAGGCCACCUUUGCCGAAGACAGCCGGGCGGUGGCUGAGGAGAUGAUCCUGGAGAUUAAAAGGGCGCUGGAGGAGAGCCUAGCCAGCCUUGUGUGGAUGGACGACGAGACCAAGCGGUCAGCCAGAGAGAAGGCCGAUGCCAUCUAUGACAUGAUUGGCUACCCAAAAUUCAUCCUGGACCCCAAAGAGCUGGACAAAGUCUUCCACGAGUACGAUCCAGUGCCUGACCUGUACUACGAGAACGUUAUGCAGUUCUCCAACUUCUCCGCCCGGGUGGCCGCUGACCAGCUUCGCAAGCCUCCGAACCGUGACCAGUGGAGCAUGACCCCCCCAACGGUGAACGCUUAUUAUUCUCCCACCAAAAACGAGGUCAUCUUCCCGGCUGGAAUUCUGCAGUCUCCCUUCUACACGCGGAAUUAUCCCAAGGCUAUCAAUUUUGGGGGGAUUGGAGUUGUGGUGGGCCACGAGCUGACACACGCCUUUGACGAUCAAGGACGUGAGUACGACAAGGAUGGCAAUCUCCGGCCCUGGUGGAAGAACUCCUCGGUGGAGGCCUUCAAGCAGCACACCGAGUGCCUGGUGGAGCAGUACGGCAACUACUCGGUCAAUGGAGAAGCCGUGAACGGCAAAUUCACUCUGGGGGAGAAUAUUGCAGACAACGGGGGGCUCAAGGCCGCCUACCGGGCCUAUCGGAACUGGGUGAAGAAGAACGGGCAGGAGCCAUCUCUGCCCGCGCUUGGCCUCACCAACGAUCAGCUCUUCUUUGUUGCCUUUGCCCAGGUCUGGUGCUCCGUCCGUACCCCGGAGAGUUCCCACGAAGGACUCGUCACGGACCCCCACAGUCCUUCCCGCUUCCGAGUCAUCGGGACUGUCUCCAAUUCCAGGGACUUUUCCAAGCACUUCCAGUGCAGGCCCGGUGCGCCUAUGAAUCCCCCGCAGAAAUGUGAAGUUUGGUGAGGCUUCCCACCAAUGAAAAAUGGGGUGCCCAUGCAGGAGCCCCCAGUUCUCCACUUCCUCCGUGUUAAGAACCAAAGGGAGCCCACCCCGGCCUCUCUCGCGCCCUUAGCUGCAAAGGGCCUCUGGAAGACAAAUUUGCGUGACGUCCACUCACCACGGAAGCCUUCCCACGGCGUCUCCCGUGGACUCGGCACGCCGAUCUUUCCUUUCCGAAGACCUGAGCCAGCUUUUAAGUCUUCGGCCGCUUUUCCAAAAGGAGAACCGCUCCGUCGCGCUAACCAGCCCCAGCCCGGCCACAAUGGACACGCAGCCUUUUGUAAAAUAGAGAAGUUAUUUUUACAACCUUGCAGAGCACUGGAACUUUUUUUGGGUGGGGGGGGGAAGGCAGGCGGGGGAAAACGUAUGGAAUUUUUUAAACGUUAUGAUUAUCUUAGUCUCUCUUUCUCUCUCGCGCGCUUCCAAGUGAACAGAUGGGGAAAGGCUUUUUUUUUUUCUCCGUUGGAUGCAUUUUGUACGUGGGCCCCGUUGAAAGGGGAAUGGGGAAGGGGGGAUCUGUCAGGGUCCUUGCAAGGCGUCCGAUCUCUUUAGAAGCCUACAGGGCUGAUCUGUCUCUCAGUUCACUUCUCGUGAGUUUUUGCAUUUUGAAUGAAAAGAGAGGAAUGAGGGCAGAGCUGCAGGGUUAAGCAAGGGCCACGCUAGACUACCCCCUCCCACCCAAAACCAGCUCCAGGGUUCUCCGUGGGAGCACCAUAAGGGGUCUGGGAGAUGGGGAGGUGGGGGGUGGUAUUACUCUGAGUAGGUUUUCAGUUCCUGGUCUUUGGAAGGGUCCAGAGUCCCGACAAGCGUCCUCUGCUUGCUUUAAUGCCAGCAAAGCAUUCCUGUGCUAAGCCCCUUUUGCGCAGGCUGGCACCUCCUAUGCAGAAACUGGCAGUCAGGCAGCAAGCAGCUCCCCCCUUCUCAGAUAGCGCCUCUGGGAAGGGGCUCCACGAGGGCUUAAGCAGAUAUCCCCCCCCCCAAAUCAGCUUUCCCCAACCAACCAGGAUAGAUCGGAUCCAUCUGUAGCUCAGAGCUGAAGUCAAACUACAAUGGGGAAAGGUGGUUCGGGAUGACUGCUAAGGGAGCCUGUUGCCCCUGCGGGGGGGGGGGGGGUCUGGAGGCGGGAAAAGCUGAUGAUUUUAGGGUGCUGCAAAUGUGGGGUUUUCCACCGUGUCCCUCCUGCAGGAAGGCAAAUUGUGUGCAGAUGUGCAAUCUGCUUUCGGUAACCGGAUCCCCGGGAAGGCCGCCAAUGGCUUCCAGAUGUGGUUUGAAGGGGUGGAAUUGGGGGGGGGAGGGGUUAGCCAAAGAGCUCUUCUGCCCCCAUCACACUAGGGGGAGGAAAGGAAUGUCCCCCUUCCCCUAAUUCUCUGGGGUUCAGUAAGUUGAGCCUUCUGAGAAAAGGGGGAGAAAAAAGAUCUGCAAGGAAUUUUGUGCUAGCCCAAUUCCGGAUGGAUCCGUUCAGGCAAUUUGUUCUUUGUUUUUUGUUUUUUUUUUAAAACUCUUCCCUGCCUUUGGAAAAAAAAAACACUGUCAUUUUGAAAUAAACGCCUUUUUAUCACGGUUUGAAA